ACAAUGUCGCUGUAUACGGGUGCUAAGCCUAAAACUGGACGUACCUUCUUCCAAAAAUCUAAUAAAACUGAUAACGCUCCCGUUGAACUCUCUGAAAUUCCACCUUUCACGGCUGAUCUGACUCAGCCUAAUACGUACACUCCUCACAAUUUUCCUCCUUCCCAUAAGAGACCUACUCGUUCAACGCUAAAUUACGUACCUUUAGAGCAAGUAGAUAAUCCUGAGGCUAUUUUACGAUCUAAGAAGAUACGCAUCCAAAACACUGACAACGUAAAUCCGUCACUUAUAACCAGGAUUGCAAAUUUCUUUACACCCAAAAAAGUGACAAAUCUAACCAAUUUAUCAAUAAGUACCGAAAGCUCCAACGAAGGCAGUAUUAAAACAGAAACCAUAACUACGCAAUUAAGCCUUAUUUCCCAAGCCCCGCAAAUUACUGUCAUCCCUGAAUCACAUAGUGCAAACACAACGCCCACUAUCAAUUCAGUAAGUGAAAAAACGGACCCAGCAAACAGCAAGGUCCUAACAAAUAACACCCCAUCCGACGAAACUAACACUGACCAGCCAAUACAAAAUAUCUGUGUAAUAAAUAACGAGGCCACCACAUUCCACCAAGAUCGUGUAGACAACCAGACUAUCGAAGAAGCACUCUCGACCAUAAUUCCAAACACUUCAGACCUUCCCCCGCCCACUAGCAACUCAUUUUUCGAAUUAGUCGACCGUCUCACAGGGCAUCUCCAUAUUCCACCACCAAAUACCAGUACUCCCCAAGGAAACAUUACACCUAACACGCUCAACUCCACCACAAACGCCAUCAAUAAUCCCCUACCUUUCACGCCCUACAUCGAAAUCGAGCACAUCCUGACAGCCCUAAGCCAACACAGCAACGCUAUCGGCGGAGACGAAAUAAGCCCCGAUAUCAUAGAAUACCCUUUAAGAACAAUUUCCGCGCAUGGAAAAGUGGAACACCACGACGAGGAUUGCGACAUUGCACAAACAGUACGCCCAUCUACUCCGGCAAGAGCUGAAACACAUACGCCCAGCGUAUCCACAAGCCAGUGCAAUAAUCGAUUGGAUAACAACGGAGCUAGAGAGCACCCCAUCCAAACAGCAAAUCCAUCCCCUCCGACAGGCCAUUCAGCGUGCAUAUCUAGAGACGUGCGACCAUCAUUCCCACUUUCCACUCCAGCCCCACUUUUCAGAACUAUUGCACAACUUAACCAAACUCGUGGAAAGGAAGAAACUCACGAAAGCUCUACAACUCUGGCAGCACGAAGCGAGCGAGCUGACAGCCCUUUUGUGUGCAUUUGUGACCGCUGCAGUCAACGAAAUAAGAUCCAUUCUCCACUUUGUGAAAAUAACGGGCCAAUUCGCGGUCGUAGCGCAGAUUUACACCACAGCGCUCCGGAAAGAAGCGAGUACCAAACACACGACACGACAAGGAACCUACUCUCUCAUCCAGCCACUCGAAACCCUAGCAAUAACACUGAACACAAAACACCGGAUCGGGAUCACGCUAUUUUGUACAAAAUUCAGUCAACUGAUCAAACCCCUGUUCGACCUCAACCACGUUACACCCCUGCCGUCACCCUUGAAGAUCAGAAUCCGAUCCCUCAUUUUCCAAAUACGUACGGACCAGUUUAUUACCCCCCACAAAAGACACAAAAUCCUCACCGUCUCUGGUUUGAUACAAACCGAGCUGACACUCUAAAACAAACCGAGGCAUAUACGCCUUACCCGAAAGAAGCGAGCUAUCAAACUCCCGAGAACAGCACACACAAAAAAGCUCGGGUAAACUGCACAAAUUACUCACCCACUGACGUCACACGGGACGAAAAGAAAAGCGAAGACCAAGAGUGUUUAUUUAACGAAAAAGGAAUCAACAACAUAAACAUCACAAAAAACCAAGAAAUGGCAUCACCCCCAAAUUAUUACCGGAAAAAUGACCACCGUAAGGGCAGGGAAGCCAUCACCAUGCUGAAUCAACUGCAAAAUUUCUCAGGCAGCCCCGCUGUUCGCUUCGAUCGUUGGAUUAAGCUUUUCGAUAACGUCGUAGCCAUGUCAAACUGGGACAAUGCAGAAAUAAUCAGUAUGCUAUCAACUAAAAUGUCGGGCGAAGCAUACGACUUACUACAAAACAUCUUGGAAUCCAGCGAUACUUACGAAUACGAAGAUAUCAAGAAACUCUUCCAAGAAAACUACCAUGGAUCCGAAGACAUUGAUUUUUAUCAAAACCAAUUCGACGAGAUACAACGGAAGCCAAAAGAAAAUAUUUUAAAUUAUGCCUACAGACUUAAAACGCUAUACACACGUGCCUAUCCCUCCAACAACCAGGAAACACCCGAAGAAAAAACCACGCAACUAAGAUUACUUCGACAAAAAUUUUUGCAAGGACUGGAACCAGAACUUCAAAACAUCGUAAGACACAAAUCAGUAUCAACAUUCGAAGAACUUGUAUCUAUCACACAGAAGUACGCAAAGCGCGUCCAAUCGGAUACGAUAGAAAAAGACAAAAGGAUAUUUGUUAACGCGGUAGCUAGCACUCAAAACGAAACAGCUAUCCUACAAGCAAUCGAAAAACAAAGUGAACACAUAAACUCAAUCGCAUCCUGCCUGAAAUUAGCCACCACUGAACCUGCUCUACAAGAAACAAGCACAUCGCCCGACUUGAGCGGAAAAAUUGACCGUUUAACGGACGUCAUAACAAACCUCGGCAGCAUCAUGCAGGCUAGCAUUCGCCAAACAAAUGAGAUACGUCAACCCCCCAGAAACAACUCCAGCUAUCCCCCGAACCAAUCAAGACACGGAAAUUUCUCAAACCACGCCCCCCAAAACAGUUUCAACCGCCAAGGCCCAAUGAACGGGUUCCGACAACCAGUCGGCAACACUUUCGGCAGGCCUAACGAAAAUAACUCAGGUCAGCAACCUUUCCAACGAAAUAGGGCAACGCAAAAUGCCGCUGGCUGCUCAAACUGCGGCCUUACCAACCACAGCAUCGAAAGUUGCUUUCGAUUUAUAAAACCGCAAUCGACACCAGAGACGCCACCUACCUGUUACUUUUGUCAACAAGUAGGCCACGUAGCGAAAUUUUGCCCCGAGAAGAAAAACUUAAUUAAGCCUAACGAAACUGACGCUUCACCGAACCAGGGAAACGAAUAA